AUGGGUAAGUGCCUUCUUACUGGCAGGCUCUUGUCCAGUUCUCCCUUCCUGUCCUCCAGCAGGCUCUUCCCGGAGGCUCAGACCCCUCUGCUCCCCAUGGGCAGCUGCCAGGCAGGGCACUACCUGCAUCUCUGCCUGGCCCACAACCCACCUCUGGUCUGUGCCACUUUGAUCCUGCUUCUUCUUGGCCUUUCUGGCCUGGGUCUUGGUGGCUUCCUCCUCACCCACAGAACUGACCUGCGCAGCCCUGACAUCCCCCAGGACUGGGUCUCCUUCUUGAGAUCUUUUGGCCAGCUGACCCUGUGCCCUGUGAAUGGGACAGUCACAGGGAAGGGGCGUGGGUCUCAUGUCGUGGGCUUACUGACCACCUUGAACUUUGGAGAUGGUCCAGACAGGAACAAGACCCAGACAUUCCAAGCCCAGGUCCAGGGUAGUCGGAUGGGAUUGAAAGGAUCUUUUGCAGGAGAGCUGGUCCUCGUUACGGCCAGGGUGACCACAGAAAGGACCCCAGGAACCUGUCUUUAUUUUAGUGCUCCUCCACAAAUCCUGCCCUCCAGCCAGCCACCGAUACCCUGCUCAGAGGAGGGAGCAGGAAAUGCCACCCUGAGCCCUCAAAUGGCUGAGGAGUGUGUCAGUGUCUGGAGCCACGAAGGUCUUGUGCUCACCAAGUUGCUCACCUCGGAGGAGCUGACUCUGUGUGGCUCUCGGCUGCUGGCUUUGGGCUUCUUCCUGAUCCUGUUCUGUGGCCUCUGCUGUCUCACUGCUGCGUGCUUCCAUCCGCGCCGGGAGUCCCACUGGUCUAGAACCCGGCUCUGA